AUGGCAGACAGCAAAGACUGGAGAGGGGUUGAGGAAGACGAGGGUGACCAGGAGAUUGACGAAACUUCAUACAAAGCGCAAAAAGAUGCCGUAUUACUAGCGAUUGAGGUCAGCGAGUCGAUGCUCAAGGCACCACCACCUUCAGACUCCAAGAAAGCAGACCGGGAUAGCCCCGUUCAAGCUGCUUUGAAGUGUGCGUACCACUUCAUGGAGCAGCGCAUUAUAUCCAAUCCCAAGGACAUGAUUGGUAUACUGCUGUUCGGUACCGAAAAGACAAGGUUUCAGCUUGAUGAGAAUGGCAGAAGUGGCCUGGGAUACCCUCAUUGCUAUCUGUUUACCGACCUGGACGUGCCAUCGGCAGACGAUGUCAAGGCAUUGAAGUCUCUUGUCGAAGACGAAGAGGAUGAAGACGGAAUUAUAAAGCCAACUUCAGAAACGGUAUCCAUGUCGAAUGUCUUAUUCUGCGCCAACCAAAUUUUCACAACGCGGGCUGCUAACUUUGGGAGUCGGCGCCUGUUUCUUGUCACUGACAAUGAUAACCCCCACUCUACAGACAAAGCCGCCAGAUCAGCCGCCGCUGUGCGCGCCAAAGACUUGUAUGAUUUGGGCGUGUCGAUAGAUCUCUUCCCCAUUUCGCAUCAAGACUCCAAAUUUGAUUUGGCCAAGUUUUACGAUGAUAUUCUAUAUCGGGAUCCUCUGGCCGAAGCAAAUUCUCAAGAAGUCGCAGUCUCAAAAUCUGGGGAUGGGCUCAACCUGCUUACUUCCCUCAUUUCAAACAUCAACUCAAAACAAACUCCGAAGCGGUCGCUAUUCUCUAAUCUUCCAUUCGAGAUUGCACCUGGUUUGCGAAUAUCUGUCAAGGGUUACAACAUCAUUCACAGACAAGCCCCGGCGAGGACCUGCUACAUUUGGUUGGACGGUGAAAAGCCGCAGCUAGCAGUGGGUGAAACAACCCGAAUCGCGGAAGAUAGUACGCGAACCGUCGAGAAGGGCGAGAUGAAGAAGGCAUAUAAAUUCGGUGGAGAGUAUGUAUACUUUUCACCCGAGGAACAAAAGAGUCUCAAGGACUUUGGCAGUCCUAUCAUCAGGAUCAUUGGCUUCAAGUCUCGCCGCUCGAUUCCAAUCUGGAGCAGCGUCAAGAAAUCAAGUUUCAUUUAUCCGAGCGAAGAGGAUUACGUCGGCUCUACGCGCGUUUUCACAGCGCUAUGGGGGAAGCUACUGAAAAGUGACAAGGUGGCUCUCGCGUGGUGCAUUGUGCGAACUAAUGCGAAUCCAAUGCUGGCCGCCAUUAUGCCCUCCAAACCACAAUCUGACGAAGACUCGGGAACACCAUAUCUACCUGCUGGACUCUGGCUAUAUCCUCUUCCCUUUGCAGAUGAUCUCAGAGACAUUAAACCUCCCGGCAAAAUGGCGCAGGCCUCGGAUGAUCUCAAAACUCAAAUGCGUACCAUUAUCCAGCAGCUGCAGCUGCCCAAGGCAAUGUACAACCCGACCAAGUACCCCAACCCAUCGCUGCAGUGGCACUACAAGAUUCUUCAGGCUCUUGCUCUUGAAGAAGAAGUGCCCGAAUCGGCCGAAGACGCUACUCUGCCCAAGUUCAAGGCCAUUAGCAAACGCGCUGGCGGUUACCUUGAAGACUGGUCUGAGACUCUAUCCAGAGAGGCCAAGUCAACCACUGAAGCAAGAGCUGUCAAGAGAGAAAAUGACGACGAGCUGCCUGAGCGGCCGGCCAAGCGUGGAAAGACGGCUUCUGCUCAACCAGGCGGGUCGGAACUGACGUCCGCACAAGUGAAAGCUGCCGUAGGGGACGGAUCGAUCUCGAAAAUGACAGUUGCUCAACUCAAGGACGUUGCAGCAGAAAGAGGCCUCAGCACUAGUGGAAGGAAAGCUGAUAUAAUUGAAAGGAUAGAGCAAUGGGCAGAUAAUUGA